CUAGUGAUAAAUCUGAAUCAUAUCCAAGAUUAAAAUGGCGACUGAAAGAUUUGACCAAAAAGAGAUACAGAGGCUAGUUGUAGGGGUUCCAACAAAAACUGAAGGAGGUUUGCAGGGAGAUAUAGACGUUUUUAAUGGUGUUACAGUAAAGACACAUCAUUUUAAUGACAUUGGUGAUGCUGAAUCCUUUAAGGAAAAACUUAUAGCUUCAUUAAGAACAUGGGAACUAGAAGGGAGAAGAGGUAUUUGGAUGCAGGUACCAACUGAAAAGGCAGAAAUGAUUCCCAUUGCAACUAAGUUAGGUUUUGAUUUUCAUCAUGCUCAACCUGGAUAUGCUAUGCUCACAAAAUGGCUUCCAAAAGAUGAACCAAACAAGCUCCCGCAUUAUGCCAAUCAUUAUGUUGGUGUUGGUGGUUUUGUACUAAAUGACAAAAAUGACCUCCUAGUCAUUCAGGAGAAGUACUUAACUUCUCUUAAGAGACCUAUAUGGAAAAUACCAGGGGGAAUGGCUGAUCCAGGUGAAAAUAUUGCUGAGACUGCUAUACGUGAAGUAAAGGAGGAAACAGGAAUAGAAACAGAGUUUGUGUCUCUUCUUUGUUUUCGGCAUAUGCAUCAGUUUCGAUGGGGAAACAGUGAUUUCUUCUUUAUUUGUCUACUAAAGCCACUGACUAUUGAUGUUGUCAUUGAUCGUAGUGAAAUAUCUGAAUACAAGUGGAUUAAGCUAGAAGAAUAUAUUGCAGACCCUGAUACUCUUGAAAUUAACAGACUCAUAGCACAGAGUUUUCUUUCUUCUAGAGACCAUGGAUGUUCUAUGUCACCUACCUUUACUCCUCACUACAGAAAAGGGUUCAAAGAUCUAGUGCUCUACAGUGUUAAGCCAAUGACAGCAGAUUUUAAUAAAAGAGAAGAGCCUGAUACCACAUUUCAGCCAAAAUUAUAAUGUUAUACUGCUUCUAUAAAAAUUCAUUUUAACAGACUGUCAUGUUCGUUAUUACUUUUUAUACCUGUUAUUACAAUUAUUAGUGAAUGAAUGUAUAAUAAUUAUAUUUUAUUGUUAUAUAAAGUGUUAAGU